CCCUUUCUUCGUCAUUCAAAUCAAAUAUUACCCAAAGAUUCUUGCAACAAUACUUUUCGGUUAUGCCUGAUAUUUCCAAGCACGAAUCUAUCUUGGAGGGCCUCAUAAAUGGCACCUACCACACCCUAGGUUUGAGCAUCGGCUCACACAAAGUAGUGACUCCGGGAGAAAAGAUCGCCAAAAGAGACACACAUGGGACGCCUAAACUAUUAGCGCCACCGGGCUUUCCUCAGGGGGUCUAUGCAAUCAUCUCUAUUGAUAUCGACGCGCCGUUCAUCACAUGGAACGUGCUUAGCCCGGCGGCACAUUGGAUUCAAACUGGUUUAAAAAGCGCACAGGGAUCUCAAGAGCUUACAAGUGACGAGCCCGCGAUUGCAUCGUGGGUGGGUGCUGGCCCACCACCAGGAGCUGCGCCUCACCGAUACGCCUUUUUCCUCUAUCUUCAGAAGCCAGACUCCAUCAUUCCACCAAAUUUGAGGGAGGGCCACUUUGGUCUCAUGCAACGGAUGAGGUUUGAUGUUGAUGCAAUGGCGAGACAGUUGGGACUUGGUGAGAUAGUGGCGGUCAAUUAUUUUGUUUCGAAUUAGGGUUGCUUUAGGGAACAUGACCUAAUUAUAUCUGAAGUAUAUUCACAGAUCAAAAUGUCCAAUAAGGUAUGAUGUCCCCUGCAAAGAGUCAGGUAGAUAAAUAGGUAACUUCGGAGUCUACCAACAAGCUAUGGGGUAUAAUUCACCCAAAAAUUGGCUACGUUACCAUUGGCUUCAUUGUGUAUGUGUCCAACUGUAACACUAUAAGGCACUACCAGUAUUAGUUGCGAGAGAACUCAAUUCUCAUACAAUUUUCAUUUCUUGUCUUGGCAUGGUGAUCAUAUCAUUGACCAGUCAGUGUAGGUAGGCAGUAAGUCACUCAGUCAUAAAAAUGGCUGGGGUAUGAUUUAGUAGGUAGCCCAUAUUCGUCGAGGAAAUUCGAUAGAUCGAUGUGAACAGCCAGAUGGAAGUAAUGUACAAUUUUUAUCGGCC